AGAAGAAGAAGAAGAAGAAGAAGACGGCGCAGGAAACUACAGCCGUACUAGAGGCUGCCCGCGGAUUUGAAUUAACUGUUUGUUUUCUCUGUUGUCAUUUCACGUAUUAACCCACACAUUAAAUUACCGAGGCUGUCAGAAGCGACUGGUUACCGGCAGCCCAUAAAACCUCUUCCAGCGGGUGCGGCGUUAUCUUGCGGCUUGAGUUAGCAUCGUAGCAGCGGUUAGCUCUCCAUCCGCCCUAACAGAGCAUGGACAGCGAGUUCCAGCGGGACGGCAGAGUCCUGGACCUCACCGACGACGCCUGGAGGGAGGACCGCCUGCCCUACGAGGAUGUCACCAUCCCUCUGAGUGAACUGCCCGAGGCUGAGCAGGACAACGGAGGAUCCACCGAGUCUGUGAAGGAGCAGGAGAUGAAGUGGACAGACCUGGCACUGCAGAGCCUCCAUGAAAACACACCCAACACCGGAACAUGAAGCUCCAGCCUGGAAGCAGCUUUGGGAGUUUUCUACAAGGACUGGACACUAGUUAAGGACACGCAAAAAAUAUUAUUAAAAUAAAAAAAAAGAAAGAAAUCUUCAAUAAUAUUAGGUCUACAUUUUGAAUUAUGGCUGAAUCUAAAAGUUCAGAUGUUACUUCCAAUCCGCAAGUUUGCCCUGAAGUAAUUUUACAUUUCUAUGUGACUUCUCCUGGAACUGACUGCUGUAUGUUGCAAAGUUGCUUACAAAAUUCAAGCUCACCCUCAAGAUUUUUUUCAAUCUUAUCAUCAGCACGAAAUCCAUUCCAGGAACCAAUCCUUAAAUUUGUUUUCAGAAACACUUCCACAUGUAAUGGCUAAAGUAUUUUUUCAUUUGCAUCCAGAAAAGUGAGUUUCUUCAGUGAGAGCAUAAAAAAAAUUUGUGGCUGAGAGAAAAUCACAACCUGAAGCAUUAAGAGUCUAACCUGAGUCUUGAGCUUCAUUUGAAAUUUAUUGUUCAUGUAAUAAAUACAAAGUUGAAUGUUCAGUGCAUUUAGUGUUAAUGACAGUGGCCUCAACGCAAGAUGGGAGAAAAAUCAGAUUUUCAAAGUUUCAGGUUGGAGGUUGGCAACAUUUUUAAAGGAAGAUGAGAAAUGUGAUGUUCAGUGUAUAAAUAUUAUCUUCUAUAUUUAAGUAUUUUCUACUUGCUUAGAAAAAAAGUCAAAUAAAAUACUAUGAACUGAC